AUGUCCGACGACGAAUCCAAGCCCGUGGUUGCCGCGCCUGAAGGUGCCGAUGCGACUGCCGUAGAUACACAUGACGCUGCUGCUUCCACCGACGAUGCAGCUGUAGAGCCGAUCCCCACGGCUCCCGUUGUCAAGCAUCCGUUGCAACACCGAUGGGUGCUCUGGUACGACAACCCGAAGAAGAAGCUCGCGAACGAGUCGUGGGAAGAGAACUUGAAGGUCGUGUACACGUUUGACACGGUCGAAGACUUCUGGGGCAUGUUCAACAACAUCUUGCCUCCGACCAAGCUGCUCGUGGGCAGCAACUACCAUUUAUUCAAAGAAGGCAUCCGCCCCAUGUGGGAGGACCCGAUCAACGCCAAGGGCGGCAAGUGGGUCUUGACCAACAACCGCCAGCGCCGCGCGCGCUUGGACGAUGCAUGGAUGAACACGAUGCUGGCCCUCAUUGGCGAAUGCCUCGAAGACGACGACGACUUGAGUGGCGCGGUGGUGUCGGUUCGGAAAACGCAGGACCGUGUCGCAGUGUGGACCCAGACGGCUACCAACGAGCCGUUGCAGCGAAAGGUUGGCAGCAACUUUCGCAAAGUGCUCGACUUGUCCAAGAACGAAGGCCUCAAGUAUCAAAGCCACGCCGAUGCCGCCGCCAGUGGCUCGAGCUACCAAAACGAAGUUGUGUACGAUGCGUAA